GUAACCAAAUUUUUUGUACUAAUACACACCCUACAUGGCUGAGUUUGGUUUCAGUCCCAACAACCUGCUAAUUUCAAACGUCGUAGGCGGUGUACUGGGCUUCGUUCUGCUCGUGCUUGUUUACGUGGUUCUCAUGGGUAAGUGGACAGCAGCCCAAUGCAGCACUGAGGAAAUACCACGGCUACUUAACCAGGCCCCAUUUGAUUAGCUUACGGAAACCGUAGCCAGACCACAGCCGGGUGCGCGCCUCACUGGUUCGCCUGCUUCGUCCCCAGACGCACCCGCCACUCCGCCACGCACAAACCCCCACCAUCGCAGACCUCAAGACACAGACGAGCUUGGAGACGAGGAAAUACAGAUCAAUGCCUUCAAUCGCAUGCCGCUGGGACGCACCCAGCCACCGACCCCAAAGCCCACGUGUCCAGAGGCUGGGCUGCCGGCGCCUGUGUACCACCGGCUGAGCGGGCUGGGCAUAUGCGAUGGCGACGAUGUAGUAGCGUGGGUGCGUGAUAGCAGGCUGCGCAGGUCGUGGCUGCUGACG